AUGGCUCUGCGGCGGAAGCUGCUGGUUCUUCUGGUCGUGGUUGCUGCUCUGGCCCCUGGCUUCUGCGUGUCCGACGACGGUAAUCUCACUUUGCCUGCCCGCACUCGAUAGUUUAGUUCUCAGUAGCGUGUACCGUUUACGCGGUGGAGAUCCUCCAGUGAGGGCACUCGCAGCAUCGAAGACUUUUUCGUAGGUGGCAUAAUCUAUGGGCUGGGCUGCAGAACACUUCACAGUUACUCUGUUCUUGGGGAGUAUGCUCUAAUUUUUUAUAGUAUCUUUCCUGUUUGUUAUACCUAUUUUUCUAUGGAUCAUUCACCUGGAAUCUCGAGUAGUUUAUUAAUCCCCACAGCGCGAGGUUCGUGACGUUGAAGUUUUCUGCUGUUUGCGUCUGCAUGUUCAUUGGAGUUAAUGAUGAGCCCUACCUGUCUGAAUGUUUGGCCGUUCCAGCCCGGUCCAUUUAAGAGCUUCGGUCUUCUAAUCUCUGAGUUUUUUUGGGUCUUCACCCUCUCUCGUUCUCGUUUUCCCACGUCCCUCUGGUCUCAGUGCUCAUCAUCGUAUGUGACCUAGCAGUGACUUUUCGGUUUUCUUAGAUGGGCAUCAACGUUUGGUAUUCAUUCCUUUCUUUCCUUCGUCGAACCUUCUCUGGGUUGUUACUUCGUCGAACCAAUCUAUCUUCCUCCCUCUUACGAUGCAUUUCUGCUUUUCCUCCUAACAUCUCUCUGCGACUUUUCUCUCUCUCUCUCUCUCUCUCUCUCUACAUAUGUAUAUGUCUAUCUCUAUGUCUAUAUCUAUCUCUAUCUCUCUGAACUGUUUGGCACGGGUAUCGGUUUUACACUGACCGAUUGGCUCUCUCUGUGUCUAUAUUUUUAGGUAAGACCCUUCUGGAGAUCAAGAAGUCAUUUCGUAACGUCGAUAACAUCCUCUACGAUUGGACUGAUGGUCCGGCCAGCGACUACUGCUCAUGGAGGGGCGUAACAUGUGACAACAUGACCUUCGGUGUCGUUUCCCUGUAAGAUUACUCUAGCUUUCUCUCUCUCUCUCUCAUCCUUCGAGCGAGGUGGUCGUGUGAAGGUUGUUUGUACAAUAUGCAUUUUCCGUUCACUCUGCGCAUCAUGGUAAAUUUUUUACUUUAUUUUUCAAAUUGCAGUAAUCUUUCUGGGUUAAAUCUGGAUGGAGAAAUAUCGCCAGCAAUUGGGAACCUCAAAAGUCUUGUUAAUCUGUAAGAUUUCUACUAAUCUCUCUCUCUUCUAUCUCUCACACUCUCGCGCCCUCGCACAUUAGUAGUUGCUGUUGGUAUUAGCUUUGUAUUAAUAUAAUGCGGUUGAGUGAUUCCAUUUCUGGGCGGGUUGUUGUAGUGGCCUGAGCUAGAACGAGGUACACGUUGACACAUUUUUGUUGUACUUCAACAGUGACCUCAGAGGAAAUCGUCUCUCUGGACAGAUUCCGGAUGAGAUUGGCGACUGUUCUCUUUUGACCGUUCUGUAAGUGAAGUUCUAGAAGCCAUUAUUUUUUCAACCCCAAUUUUGAUCAAUGGUGGUUAUUACGUGUGACUAGAUUCGCUGCUGUUUGGAACCCUAACAUGUCUUAGAUGAUGGUGUUAUCACAGUGAUUUGUCAUUCAACAACUUAGAUGGUGACAUCCCGUUCUCAAUUUCGAGGUUGAAGCAGCUGGAUACGCUGUAAGUUUUUGGGUUUAAGAGUCUUAACGUCUUUCAGGCUUCCAUUUAUCUUGCUCGCGUACUCAUCACAUGCCUCUGCCUUUGUUUCUAGCAUACUGAAGAAUAACCAACUGAUUGGUCCCAUCCCUUCAACUCUGUCUCAGAUUCCGAACUUGAAGAUCAUGUAAGCUGCCUUGUUUUGUCAUGUGAUGUUGGCCGUUUUUUUCUGACUGCUUAUGCACUGACAACGUAAAAAAAAAAUAGGGAUCUUGCACAAAAUCAGCUGAGUGGAGAAAUACCUAGGCUCAUUUACUGGAACGAAGUCUUGCAGUAUUUGUAAGUGCUCAUCUGAAUAUUAUUACCUUAUAACCCGAUAUGUUUUAUUAGUCUAAUUGAAAUUAAUCUUCAGAGGGCUGCGUGGAAACAACUUGGAAGGGACUCUUUCCCCAGAUAUGUGCCAGUUGACGGGGUUGUGGUUUUUGUGAGUCCCUUGCCCGCCAAUUUUAUUUUUUAUUUUUUAAUGGUUACGUCUGCUCCAGUUCAGUGCUAACAAUCCUUGGUUGCAGUGAUGUGAAGAAUAACAGCUUGACCGGCAGCAUUCCUGAAAGCAUUGGAAACUGUACCAGCUUUCAGGUUUUGUACGUAUAUCAUCCUCCUGCCAGCCAUGGUUUUAGACUUGAAUCGCGGAUUUUUUUGAAAUAGCUGUCUGCCUCCUUCGGUUUCUAGGGAUUUGUCCUACAACCACUUUACUGGAGAGAUUCCAUUCAACAUUGGAUUUCUUCAAGUUGCAACACUGUAUGCGGAUUCUGACUCUUUUGCUUUCAUUCGUUGAUUUUAUAAUAUCGGUCUCUUUUUUUUAGUGUUGCGUUGUCAUUCUGAAGUCGUCGUUUCGCCAUUGUCAGGUCCUUGCAAGGAAACAGAUUCACAGGGAACAUUCCGCCGGUGAUUGGGUUAAUGCAGGCGCUUGCUGUGCUGUAAGUACUGAACAAUGCUCCUAGCGGUUUAAUGUCAUUGAUCUUGAUGUAAGUGUCGAACAGUGAUGUAUCUCACAGUCUCUUUGACUUAUUUUGUUUAGAGACUUGAGCUGUAACCAGCUAAGUGGUCCCAUUCCUCCGAUACUAGGCAACUUAUCAUAUACAGAGAAGCUGUAAGCGGAUAUGAACUUGGUCUCUCUUCUUUCGUUCCUUUUUUGUACCGACCACAUGCACAAGUAGUGGAAGAUCAUUCGAUUUUCUUGUAUGGUGUGAAUUUCAGGUAUUUGCAGGGAAACAAACUCAGUGGGUCCAUACCUCCAGAGCUGGGUAACAUGACUAAACUUCACUAUCUGUAAGCACUUCGGCUCAUUAUCUUCUUCCCUUCAACGCUGGAGAUCUUUUAAGGCUUGUGUUGAACGAAAGUCCGAUGUGUAACAGGGAGCUGAAUGAUAAUGAGCUUACCGGGCAUAUUCCACCGGAGCUUGGGAAGCUCACUGACUUGUUUGACCUGUAUGGUUUUUUUUUACUAAUCGGGACUUCGUGUGCAUAUUUCUGUAAUGCAACUGACAGAAGAUGGAAGCAAUAAUGGGUUCUAAUGGCUGCCGUGCAGGAAUCUUGCUAACAACAAUCUGGAAGGGCCUGUUCCAGAGAAUUUAAGUUCAUGCACAAAUCUUAAUAGCCUGUAAGGAGUUGAGAUUAAAAAUAUCUGAUUCUGUUUUGGGAGCUAUUUCCCUCGAGCUCAAACUGUGUGUUCAUGACAGGAAUGUCCAUGGCAAUCGGCUGAAUGGGUCGAUUCCUCGUGCCUUUGAGAAGCUUGAGAGCAUGACCUACCUGUGAGUUUCGUCCUCCCAUUGACCAUUACGCGUAUGAGGAAGCACGCUUAGAUCUGAAUCAAUUUUUGUGCAGGAACAUGUCGUCUAACAGCUUGAAGGGCCCAAUCCCGAUUGAGCUAUCCAAAAUCGGUAACUUGGACACCCUGUAUGUAUCAGCGUCUGGUGGCUUUCUUGGUAAUUUCUGAUCACAAGUCUGAAGUACUCAAGAUGCAAGCUUUUAUGAAUCUGCAGGGAUAUCUCGCUCAAUAAAAUCACUGGUCCCAUUCCAUCAUCUAUUGGUGAUCUGGAGCACCUCCUGAAAUUGUAUGCUCUCUGUAAAAUUUCUUUUCGUCUAUAUCUCGAAUAGCUUUGCUUCAUUGAUGCAUUAAACUGAUGUCCGCCUUCUUUCUUUCAGAAAUUUGAGCAACAAUUACCUUGGCGGGUCUAUUCCAAACGAGUUUGGGAAUUUGAGGAGCGUCAUGGAAAUGUAAGUAUUUUUUCUUUUCUCGAGGAGAGAUGAAGAUAUUGUGCUAGGGAUUAUCUCCGCUGUCUAUCAUCGUUGCCGUCAGUAACCCUGUGCUCGUGUGUCAGUGAUUUGUCGGGCAAUCACCUCUCAGGUUCAAUCCCUGAAGAACUAGGGCUCCUGCAGAAUCUGAUGUUCCUGUAAGCCUACCCAGCAUCAUGUAAUUUAUUAUUUCAAGUGGAAAGGCUGGAAAUAUUUUCCUGCUCGCCUCCAUGGUGCUCUCCUUUAUUUUUUCCUUUGUUUGAAAUAUCCAGGAAGUUGGAGAACAACAAUUUGUCUGGGGAAAUAGUCUCCUUGAGCAACUGCUUCAGCCUCGCCGUCCUGUAAGCUGGUUCAUUUCACCUUCUCUCUCUCUCUCUCUCUCUGUGUAGACUUCUCUCUAUUUCUCUCUAUACUCUCUCUGUCUCUCUCUCUCUCUCUUGGGGAAUGCUCAUAAUAAACUCUUACGCGUUCCAUUUCUGUGGGCAGAAAUGUCUCCUACAACAAUCUCUGGGGAGAUAUACCCACGGUGAACAAUUUUUCGCGUUUCUCUCCUGACAGGUGAGCGCCGUCGGCUGCUCAGGCCUGCCCGGUUCGCUUCCCUGACGUUCAUGUCUAACACUCCCCCCUUCUUUAAUGCAGCUUCCUCGGAAACCCUUCUCUCUGUGGGUACUGGGUCAACUCCCCAUGCCACGCAAGUCAUCCGGCCCAGAAUGGUGACCACCUCCACCCUCUCCUCUCUCACACCUCAAAACUGUCCAUACUUGGAGAAUCACAGUUCGGUCACAACGCUCUUCCUCCACCGUUUCCAGCUUCUGUAUCGAAAGCGGCGAUUCUGGGCAUCGCGCUGGGCGGUCUCUUCAUCCUUCUCAUGAUCUUGGUGGCCGCAUGCCGGCCCUACAGCCAACCCGCCUCACUUGACGGCUGCGAGAGCAAACCAGGUAGGCCAUCCUUUCCGAUCAUCUCAAAAGCUGUUUCGCUCCUCUUUGGUGGAUGGGUGGGUGAGUGCAUCAAUAAAAUCACUUCUCUACCAGUCAGCGACCCUUCGCCGAAGCUGGUGAUCCUCCACAUGAACAUGGCGCUCCACGUGUACGAGGACAUCAUGAGGAUGACCGAGAACCUGAGCGAGAAGUACAUUAUCGGGUACGGCGCGUCAAGCACGGUUUACAAGUGCGUCCUGAAGAACUGCAAGCCAGUCGCCAUCAAGCGGCUCUACUCCCACUACCCGCAGAGCCUCAAGGAGUUCGAGACCGAGCUGGAGACCGUCGGCAGUAUCAAGCACCGCAACCUCGUCAGCCUCCAGGGAUACUCGCUCUCCCCCUUCGGCAACCUCCUCUUCUACGACUACAUGGAGAACGGCAGCCUCUGGGACCUCCUCCACGGUUGACCUCUUCGCCUUUCUGAUGGAGUCAAUGCGGAUUAACCCAACCCUUUUCAUGCUUAUCCAUUUUUUCUUCGCAGGGCCGUCGAAGAGGAAGAAGCUGGACUGGGAGACCCGGCUGAGGAUAGCGCUGGGGGCGGCGCAGGGGCUGGCCUACCUGCACCAUGACUGCAGCCCCCGCAUCAUCCACAGGGACGUGAAGUCGUCGAACAUCCUCCUGGAUAAGGACAUGGAGGCCCACCUCACGGACUUCGGCAUAGCGAGGAGCCUCUGCGUGUCCAAGACCCACACCUCCACCUACGUCAUGGGGACCAUCGGCUACAUUGACCCCGAGUACGCCCGCACCUCGCGCCUCAACGAGAAGUCCGACGUCUACAGCUACGGGAUCGUCCUUCUCGAGCUCCUCACCGGCCGGAAGGCCGUCGACGACGAGUCCAACCUCCAGCAGCUGGUGAGAGCAGCAAUCUUGGUCGUGGAGGCCUUUUUUUUUCAUGGGGAGAUAGGAUGAGUUGACUUGACGAGUUCUUUCUAUUUGUGUUGUUUUUCCUCUGGGAUGGUCUGCAGAUAAUGUCCAAGGCGUUGAGCAAUCUGGUGAUGGAGACGGUGGAUCCGGAGAUCACGGCGUCGUGUGGGGACAUGGGGGCGGUGAAGAAGAUGUUCCAGCUGGCGCUGCUGUGCACGAAGAAGCAGCCGUCGGACCGGCCCACCAUGCACGAGGUGUCCCGCGUGCUCGGCUGCCUGGUCGGCCCCGAGGCUUCUCCGCCAACGACGACGAAGCAUCUGCUGCAGCAGCCGGCGCAGCCGCAGCAGGCGCUGCCGCCGGCCUCGCAGGUGCCGGGCUUUGCCGGCGCGCUGGGCUGCGCGUCGCUGAGCGCGUCUGACGGCCAGCUGUUCCGCCGGUUCGGCGAGGUGAUAUCCCAGAACAGCGAGUGA